UUUACGGACUUGCUUUUUGCCCACCCAAACCAUAUAAAGUUCUUCUGAAUAUAAGUAUCGUCUGAUAUGCAAAUCAGUGAAAUGUCUGUUUAACGCUGGAAGAAUUUCUUAAAGGGGUUUAAAGAUCUGCAGUAAGAGUUGCGAAGAUAUAAUUCAACCCUUCUUGGCAUCUACAGGGUUUUUAAGGAUUUGUUUAGCUCGAUUUUUAAGGGAAGAUGAGUGGAGGUGGUGGCUCUUUAAAGACCCCUGCAGAUUUCCUCAAGUCUAUUCGGGGCCGACCAGUGGUUGUUAAACUCAAUUCAGGUGUAGAUUACAGAGGCAUAUUAGCUUGUUUGGAUGGCUAUAUGAAUAUAGCAAUGGAACAGACAGAGGAAUAUGUUAAUGGUCAGCUAAAGAAUAAAUAUGGGGAUGCCUUUAUAAGAGGAAAUAAUGUUUUAUACAUCAGUACUUCAAAGCGGACACUUGCUGAGGGAGCAUGAGGGCACUGAUAUAUCAGAUGUUUGAAACUUAAAGCUGAAAAUUUUAUGGACAUAUUGCUUUUGUAUAUGAAUGAAUAGCUCCAGAAAUUUGAAAAUAUUCUUUGGACAAACAAGAGCAGGGCUAUCGAAAAAGAUUUUGGAGUGAUGACUUUUGCUUAUUUUCCAAUUUUAACUAUGUUACAAGAAAUCUUAUUAGUGAGCGGAUUCUUGUGAUUAAUAAUAGUUGUAAAGUAAUUGCGAGCAUUUUACUUGCCCAUGUUUUCCCAUUGCUGAUUGAUUGAUCGGUUAACUCUUUUGGAUUGCUUUUUUGGUUGGCUUCAAUGUAAUUGUCUAGAAACAUUGUUCGCUGAAAUUAAAUGCAGUUUCAUUCUAUUCUGUCA